CCAUCUUUGUUGUGUAAUAAAAUAUUUAAAAAAGGGCACCAACCCAUUUAGAAAAAAAUCGUCACAUUCAUAAAUAAAAAGAAGUAAUAAAAAAGCUUCAUCUCCUCUCUUUCAGUUUCGACAUUCCUCAGAAUCUCUCUUCCCUUUUUGUCUCCAACCCAACCAAAGAGAAAAACCUUAAUAACACCUUUCUUCUUCUUCAAACAGAGAACACAACAGAGACGUUCCCACUAGCUCUCUUGUCUUAAUCUCCUCCUCUGUUUCAAUUUCCAAAUUUUGUUCCGAUCAAAGAAGGAUGGAAACUGGUGGAGCAGUUACGGGUCAAGAAACCGGAUCCGGGUUUCAGAACACCGUUAACCCGGAUGGGUUUGUAACAAUCGAUGUGGAGAGUUUCUCUCAUGUCAUGCACAAAGACUUCUCUUCUUCUAGUCCUAGAAUUACUUUGCAGAGAAAUGUAUCGAGGAAAGGGUCUCCAAGAAGCAACAACAACAACAACGAGAGGAAACUCCAAUGUGACGCAAAUGGUAAUGACAAGGAGCUCUCAUUACCUCAGUCCCCACUUAGAGGUUCAAGCACGCCGGAAAAGCCGAACACCGUGGGGUCCACAGAUCAUGCAGGCACGGCCACGACCGCAGCCACUUCUGCUGUUUCAGUCUCGCCGCUUCAUCAAAUUACCAUAACUACGGCUGCAGCGGCCGCCGGAAAUAUGAUCACCGACCAAAAUAGGGAAAGAAGGUUCGGUUUCUCGAGGAAGUCGUCGAGUUUUAAACGCUCUAACACUUCUUGGAUGCUUGAUCCGAAGAAAAUCGUCCUCUUCUUUGCAACUUUGUCAAGCAUGGGAUCAAUCUUGUUAAUCAUAUUCACACUCUCGAUCAGCAAGUCUAAUUCCGGAGAUAUGUCUCUAGACUAAAUAGUAAAUAUACGCAUGAUAUAUAUGCAUAUAUUAUCGACCGACCUAAGUUUGUGGCUAUAGAACAUGCCACAAUCUCACCGACCUACAUUUGAGGAGAUGUAUCAGACAGAACACAGAACAUUACAAAAAACAAAAAAAAAUGAAGAGGGUAAGGUUGUGUUGAUAAUAGUUUUUAGUAUUUUGUAUGAUUUUUUUAAGAUAUGACCAAAAAAAAACAAUAAGAGAGAGAAAGUGGGGGAAGUGGCGCGCGCACGAGAUCAUAUGGGAGAGAGAGAUUGGUAAAGAAAAGCUUAAGACAAGAGUUUGUGACUAUUGUGACAAAGACACAGAAUCGUUUCUUCUCUUAUAUUUUUUUAUCUAUUUUGUGUUUUGAUUUCUUUGUGUAUAUAUCAUUUGUCGUGAGUGAUUUUAGUUUUUGGUCAACUUUUUUCCCAAAUAUAUAGAGAAUUAAAAGAUUUUGAGUCUU